UCUCUUCGCGGAGGGAUUCGUUCCCCAGGCUCGCGCCUGCGGCCCCGCCUCGGUUGCCUAGGCGACGAAGGGCCGCAACUCCGGGGCGAGAUCCUGAGGAUGUCCGUGGGGACCACUCCCGGGGGGACGACCCCCGCGGCGACGACCCCGGCGGGAACCACACCCGAGUCGGAGAGAGAUGCUGAAUUCCAGGAACAUGAAAAGAUUCUGUCUCCAGAUUUUCUUUCAGCUGCUCAAAUCACUGAAUUGCUGGCAGAGGACAUAGAUGGAGUUCAACAAAAAUUGAAAAAGUUUUUGAAUUUCAAAAACCUUAACACCUGUCUAAAGGAAGCCAUUCUACUAGAUUAUUAUGUAUCUGGAUUUUUGUGGGCUAGAGGAAUGGAAUUUUCUGUUAUUCAAUAUUCAAAAUUUAUGACUUUACUAGAUAUGUUACUUCAUAAUCUUAGAACACUGCAUAUGUCUUUGGAAGACAGCAUAAAAUGGCUUGGAGAAGUUAUGGCUGAAACAGGACCAUCACAUUCACAGAAAAAUGAGGAAUCGAAUGUCUUUAAUAUAAAACAAGCCAAUGCUGUCAUCGAUUACUUAAAAAUCAGCUUAUUUCAACACUACAAGCUAUAUGAGUUUCUAUUCUACUCUACCAGGGAAGAAAUUGUGAUAGGAACUGAGGUCUAAUUCAAAUCCCACUUCCUCAGUGAAGCAAAUCUUCCUUAAUUGCAUCGCAUCUCAAAGGAAGGGUAUAGACAAUGUCUUUAAUCACAUUCUAUUAUUUUAUUCUAGUUUAUCUCUUUCUGCUGAAUACUGGGUACUUUGACUACACCAAUAAGCACAUAAUGAUACACUAUGAUGCACACUUUUUAAAACUAUUUUUUGUGGAUUAAAAUAGUCCACACAAUUCAACUGUAAUUUCCUUGAAGGCAAGUAUGAGGCACUGUUUUUCUAUCAGAGCGUCAAAUAUAAUGCACCAUAGUGGCCCCUCAGUUGAUACUAUGUAAGUGAUUCAGUGACAUUGAAUACAAUGACAUUUCUAUAAAAAAUUAUCUACCUAAAGAUACCUUGGAACAGCUUUAUAUAUUAAUUACAAACGCAUAAUUGCUAUAAAUAAAUCGCGGGUAAGAAAACAUCUUAAGGAGGCUAAAGAUGCCAUAAAAAGUGCUUCUUUUUUUGUCAACUACUGGAGAAGGUAAUGUUGCCCAGAAGUACCAGACAAAGGAGAGGCCCUGGUCACAAGUAAACAGUGAAUAUGGUAUAUUUACAUGAUCUUUUUAAUUUUCUGGAUAUUAAGCACCAGGUGGAAUGUGUGAACUUUUUUCCUGCCAGAGUGUUAUUUUUCUGAAGUUUAUAAAGUGCUUAUAUCAUUAACACCUAAGUCACUUUUAUUCAUCCUCCAUGUGCGUCCGUUUUCUUUGUGUUCUCCUCACACUAUAUCUUUUUUUUUUUUUAAGGAUUUUAUUUAUUUAUUUGACAGACAGAGAUUACAAGUAGACAGAGAGGCAGGCAGAGAGAGGAAGGGAAGCAGGCUCCCUGCUGAGUAGAGAGCCCAAUGUUGGGGCUCGAUCCCAGGGUCCUGGGAUCAUGACCUGAGCCAAGACAGAGGCUUUAAUCCACUGAGCCAUCCAGGUGCCCCUCUUCAUACUGUAUCUUAAAUUAUGUGUCACUUGACAGAGUUUUACAAUGAAAAUAUUUCCAUUGGAGAAUUACAUCAUUAGUGCAGCAGAAUUGCAGUAAUGAUCAGUUUGGAAUAAAACCCUAUCUCAUCUAUUCAGCAAAACUUCGGAAAAAUGAAAAUGGUUUUAACGGCAGCAUAAGCAGAUAUUUAAAAUCAUCAAGAAAAAAUUUCAUAAAGAACUCCCUUUUCCUUUGUUAGUUACACAAUCACGCCUUUCUUCUUUGUUGUAAGGAUAUAUUUAGGUGACAUUUAUGCUUAUGGAAAGAUAAAAUGGAGAAAGUAGACUGGGAUUGGUGCCUUUAUUUUCCUUUGUCUUUUGUAUUUUCUCCAAGCUGACCAGAACUAUAAAAAAAAUCUUUAGUGAAUGGAUAUUGGGUCUUCAAGUAUUAGACCACUCAUGGUACUUUAAAGGAUUAACCAAAGCAGAUAUUAUACUAUAAUAUUUAAUGUCAUUGUAGAGUGUCUGAUAACUCUUGGUGCAAAUAUGUUUUUUAAUUAACGGCCUUUCAUAGAAGAGACAGAGGUCUGCCCUGCUAGAUUAUUCACGCUGACUUCAGUGCUCUGGGACCAAAUAAGGUCGACACAACAACUGCAUAAAUGUUUCAAGUUUGACUCUCAGGCUAGUGUUCAAAUUAAAGAACACUAGAAAAAUUUAGUUUCUUUCUUAAUUAUUGAUAGAUGGUUAUAAUAAAACAUGCAAAUCCCCUCUAAAAAUAAUUACUAAAUAUUAAUUUCCAUCAUGAAAAGAACAUGAGUAAACUAUAUUCAUACUUUUCUUGGGUUUUAGUUUAAAAAAAUCAUCUUUUUGUUUUGGAAUUUAGUGAUCAUUUCACCUUUUCCAAGAAGUUUCACGUUAUGUUUAGAUCAUUGAAGCAUAUUUUCAGUAAAAUCAUAAUCUUGACUUGAGAUGCUUCAUAGUCUAGAAACAUUUCUAAUAGAUACAGUUCUAUACCGUUCAUGUUUUGUAGUUCAUUUGGUGGUUCACAGAUCAUAUAUGUUGGAAGGCAGUAAACAAUCUGAUUGAGCUAGGAUAAUGACAGAAUGGAAGUAGCAAAUUCCCAUAGUUGUGGCCUCCUGAGAAGAUGCAGUAUAUGAGAUUCUCUCACUAUUUAAAGGGAUGAGUCACUGAUUUCUACUCCUGAAACUAAUUUUCACUGUUUGUUCACUAAAAUUUAAAUAUAAAUAAACAAACAAAAAGGAUGGAAACUAACUAAAUAAAUAAAAAGAUGAGGACUCCCUUUUAGUCCCGUAAGCCAGGAGCUCUCCAAGUCUAGUUUUGACAAUGCAAUUAACCCAGAUACUCUGACACAAGAAUUGUAAGGGAAUCAGAAUCUCCUUUGGGGAUAUAUAUUUCCUUUAACCUAAGGCCCCACCCAGCAAGAAACCUGGAAACUGUUAUGUUCUCUGCCUUUGUUACCUAAAAACUACAUGAAACAUUUAAAAAUUGCACACAAAGAACAGUAUCAAAUAUUAACAAUGGUGAUGAUCAAAAUCUCAUAGCAGAUAUCCAAAGUCAUGGUUCUAGUCAGGUAUCUGCCACCCAGCAUCUAUUAAUAUGAGAUGAUACAAAUAUAAAAUUAUUUAUUUAUUCAUUCAACAUAUGUUACUAUUACACUGUAGGUUUUGUUAACUUCCAGGAAUACACAAUGAUAAGCAACAGUUCUUGUCCUCAAGGAGUUGGCUGUCUAAUGAGAGGAGAAAGGUGAUUAAAUAAUUAUAGUAUGGAACCCAAAAUGUUAUGUUACUAUGGGAACAAAUAGAAGACAAAGAGGAACAUCUAACGUUUAUAGGUUUAUAGAAGUUUCUAAGAACAAGUAAAAUCCUAAGAGAAAAUCUAAAAGUUGUGAAUGAGUUAGGCAGUAUACUUUCAGCACCAAGAAAGAAAUCCCACUCAAAAUAGUUCAUACAAUUAAAAAAAAAAAAAAAAAGAAACGGAUAUAUUACUUGAUCACAAAGUGGUAAAUAGAAAAUGAGCUGGACUAAGGUUAACCAACUCUAAGUAGCCAAACGAUGUGAACAUGUGAAUGUGUGUAUGCAUGCAUAUAUCUCAAUUCUCAUCUCUCUUGGACCUUUUUCAUCACUUUUCUCUGAUUCUUUUUGUUUUGGUCUCAUUGCCCUCUACUGCACACAGUCUUUCCUCCAACUGGUGGAGAUAUGUCAGAGGCAGCUCCAGUUUAGCAACUCCAGGAGAAAGGAACAUUCCUUCUCACAUUGUUGACAUUAUUGGCUAUGCUUGUGCCAUGUGUCCACUCUCAAUUAACCACCGUGGCCAGAGGAGUGGAGUCAUGCUCCUGGAAGACCCAAACAGCCAUACUGAAUGAGUGUCAGAGGAUGAAUAGCUCCCCCCAAAAAAACAGAAAGAGCCUUUGCAAAAGGGAAGAGUGACAUAAUCAAAAGAGUGAACUAAGCAGACAUGUAUGACUCUUCCAUCCAAAAUUCCAUGAGGCCAAAAAAUCAAAAAAUCCAUAAUGUAAUGGGUAAAAGAUUUUAUAACAUGUAAAACUAUGUUUAGAUGAAACCACAGCUAAUACAUGCAAAGAAGAUGCUACGGAGUUAAUGACAUUUCCGUAAGCAUCCCUCAUUGAAACGAAAAUGGGAGAAAGCUUUAGAAGGAAAAAAGCAUGUAGGGGACUGCUUUCAGAGCAACUGCACUGUUCAUCUCCUUUACCCUCUGCUGCUUGUGAUAGGGACUCUAUAGUAUUUGCUCCCAAACUAAAGAAACUAGUUUGGACGUUGACACCAAAACUUCAGUUCUGAAGUUUCCAGGAGAAAUCAUGAAUAUACCUUCAGUAUAAGGUACUGGUACAUAUAAUUACCACAAUUAUUUUCCU